CAAGUCAUAACAGUCAGUCUACUCUGGACAGUGAGUGACCACAGGCGCGCGCACCGCUAAACUCACCGACCUGCCCACAUAGGUCCUCUACCCGCGACCUGUAUACCCGGCACGACCUGUAUACCCGAUACGACCUGUAUACCCGGCACGACCUGCAAGAGUUGACUUCUUCAGGCAGGUCGUAAUCCUUCACCCUCCCCCAGCGACCUGUAACGUCAUCACCAGGUUGGGUCGCGGUGAUCUGUACACCACACACCACCUCGCCACACCCAAGCGUUCAGUUCGCCACCUGUCACAAGAGCUACUAACACUCACCUACCAUGAUGUCACCUACCAUAUAGCUGAGGUUCUCCCUACCACCUACAGCACCUACCUGUCUCUCACCUGUCCACCCAGCUAUAGACCAACACCUCUUCCCGGCCUCUGACCACGAGCGGGAAGCCAAUGGAGGUAUUAAAUGGAAAGGGGGACGGGAACAAAAACGGCGACUACACGGGAUUGGAGAACGGCAGAGUGGAGGGCGGAGCUAAGGCCCAAAAUGGAAGCGGAUUGGACGAGGAUAAAGAGGGCGGAGCUAGGAGACCACACCGAGACAAGGGAUUGGUCGAAGAAGAACGAGUGGGCGGAGAUGAGGAUAACACAGACGAAGGGAGUGAGUUGGACGCUGUUUUAAGAUGGGCGGACAGACGAGGCGCUUAUGAGAGGUUGCUGGUGUGGGCGUGGGUGGCCCCUGUGUGUCUGCUGGCGCCCUGUAUGUAUAUGAACAUCCUACUGAUGGUGUAUCUCCCCUCCCACACCUGCUCGCUGCCACCACCUCCAGAUAGUCUCUCACUAGACGCCUGGAGGAACAUUACUACACCCAGGGACGACUCUGGAAGACUGAGCUCCUGUACAGCUCCAUGACUCUCC